GGCCGCCUUGCUGGAUGAGGCCAUGUGCGCUGCUGUGAAUAAUCAGAGCAGUGAGUUUUCGCGUCGCAUCCCACCCUCAACACAGCGGGGCUAACGACGCCGUGCGGCGACAGAGUAUGUGUUCACAGCGACAAUGACAAUCAGCUUCUUGAAACCGGCCAGGUUGCCCGGCGCGUUUAUUGUCAGGGCAAGGGUAGUCAAGAAGCAAGGGCGUAAGCUCUGGGUCAGGGGUACACUUGAGGAUGGCGACGGCGAAGUUAAGGCAGAGAGUGAGGCAUUGUUGAUGGAUCAAACGCCUGGGAGGCGGAGCAAGCUGUAGCGGCGGGGGAAUGAUUGAAAAUGGAUAAUCUUAAGACAUCGAGUCACGAUUGUGCGAAUAGGGACCAUUAGAGAGUUAGCAAUAGGUAACCACCUUGAUGGCUGAUGUUCCCGACCAGGAGACGAAGCCCAGCGAG